AUGAACGAGUCUAAAUUAUGCCAAGAGAAGGUUCAAUCACUUCUUCAGGAUGCAGAGAGAAGAUUGCGACUUAAUCAAGAGGUUGACGGAUCACACAAGUCCAGCAAUCUAACCGAGAAGAUCCCCCACAUGAAAUGCACAAAAUCAGUACAACCAUACAUCAAAAAUGUAUCACAAGGACCACGGUUUGACUCUUCUCAACUUGUCCCCGCUCAGAUGAGGAAAUCUGCAAAUGGAAUCACUGUUGUUACUGACCCCAUCCAAACACAUGCAAAAGAAAAAGAUGUUAAGGAAACCGCUGGACCUGAUUGGUUCAAUCUACCGCGAACCAAAUUAACGCCAGAGCUCAAACGCGACCUGCAACUCAUUCAAAUGCGAGAUGUCCUUGAUCCAAAACGUCACUAUAAGAAAGACAAGAAUAGAGGCAAAAUUCCAGAAUACUCUCAAGUUGGUACAGUCAUCCAGGGACCAACCGAGUACCUUAGUAGUCGCCUCACAAACCGUGAGAGAAAACGUACUCUUCUAGAAGAGAUUCUCAACAGCGAAAAGAAGACAGGUCGAUUCAAGAAAAAGUACACAGAAAUACAGAACGCAAAGACGAGCGGUAAAAAGUCCCAUUACAAGAAACUCAAGGAAUCAAGGACCAAAAGUAGGAUCUCAAAACGGUGA